AUGUUGAAAGAAAAUUAUAAAGACUUAGCUAAAAAAGCUCAAAAAAUAUAUCAAGAUUCAUUAUCAGAAACUUUAAAAAUUGUUAAAUUUGAUGAAGAAUUAACAAAAAAAUAUGAAUCAUUACCAUCAGCAAUUGGUAAAACAACAGAAGAAUUUGGAAAUCCAACAAAAUUUCCAUUUGAAUUAUAUUUAAAAACUGUACCAUCACUGGUUCUUGCAAUAACUGAAAAAGAUCCAAUUGAAUUAUUAAAAGAUUUGAAAACUCGAAAGAUUACAUGUGUUGAAGUAUUAAAAGCUUAUUUUACUGCAGCUAUAAUUGCAUCAAAAUUAGUUAAUUGUAUUGUUGAAUUUUUACCAAAGGAAGCCCUUGAAUUUGCAGAAAAUUUAGAUAAACAAUAUGAUUCCAAAAAGGAUUUACCAAUGUAUGGAUUACCUUUUUCAAUAAAAGAAAUGAUCCCCUUCAAAAAUAGAGCCGUUACACAUGGAUCAUUAUGUUAUUUAGAUAGAAUAGUUGAUUACAAUGCAGAUAUUAUAAAUAUUUUAAUGAAUCAAGGAGGUGCUUAUCCAUUUGUUAGAACAACUAAUCCUCAAUCAUUAAUGAUGUUAGAAUGUGUUUCUUUACAACAUGGUAGAACAGUGAAUCCUUUUAAUAGUGAAUUAACAAGUGGUGGAUCAUCAGGUGGUGAAGGUGCAUUAAAUGGUUUAUAUGCUUCAACUUUUGGAUUAGGUAGUGAUAUUGGUGGUAGUAUAAGAACUCCAGCAGGUUUUAAUGGAAUUUAUGGAUUAAGAACAACUUUAGGUAGAAUUCCAACUGCUGAUUAUUUUUCAUGUAAUUUAGGACUGACUACUAUAUUAUCUGUUACUGGUCCUAUUUCGAGGUCUCUAGGAAUGGUUGAUUUAGUAAUGAAGACUAUUAUUGAUUCAAAACCCGAAUUAAUUGAUCCAAGUUUAACAUCAAUACCAUGGAAAGAAUCAGAACAAAAUCAAAAGAAAUAUAGAAUUGGAAUAUUAAAAAGUGAUGGGAUUGUAAAUCCAAGUCCACCAGUUUUAAGAGCAUUAGAUAUAAUUGAAAAUAAAUUAAAAAAAUUACCAAAUGUAGAGGUUGUUGAGUAUCACCCAUUUAAACAAGAAAAAGUAAUGGAAAUUUUAAGUAAAAUAUAUUUUGAAGAUGGUGCAAAAGAUUUUCAUUCAACUGUAAAAGAUACAGGAGAACCAAUUUUAGAACAAACGAAAUGGGCUAUAGAAGGAGCAACAGAAUUAUCAAUGCAUGAUCAAUGGUAUUGGAAUUUAGAAAAAGAAAAAUUUAGAAAAGAAUACCUUAAACAUUGGAUAAGUUAUAAAGAUUCAAGCAAUCAUAUAUUAGAUGCAGUAAUUGCACCAAUAUACCCAAAUGUUGCUCCAAAACAUGGUCAAGGUCAAUAUUGGAAUUAUACAUGUACUUAUAAUUUAUUAGAUUAUCCUGUUUUAGUUGUACCAAUAACAAUAGUUGAUCAAAAUUUAGAUUUACCUAAAAAAAAUUAUAAACCAUUAAAUGAAAUGGAUGAAUUUCAUUUUAAAUGUUAUGAUUCCCCCAAGAGUUUUGAAAAAGCUCCUGUUAAUCUUAGUGUUAUUGGGUUAAGAAAUACUGAUGAAAAAUUAAUUGAAAUUGGGAAAAUUAUUCAAAAUGAAAUUGGUGAUAUUUUUAAUCCAAAUGGGGAAAAGGAUAACUGUCCAAUUAAGGAGUAA